AGUUUCUCAGCGGUGCCGCAGCGGUGCGGACUCUGCGGGACGGGGCUGCCCGCGCUCCCGCACAACCCGUCCCGGAGCCGCCGCUCCAGGAAGCCUCUGACCCAUCAUGACGUUCAAGCAAGCGUCCAUGAUGGCCCCAGAGGCCGCAGCCACCACGGUGCCCGUGACCACGAUGGAGAACUCCACCGAGGCCGUGGGGCCAGGGGAGAGCAAGGAGGACAUGUUCACCAAGCUGAGGGACAAGUUCAUGAACGAGCUCAACAAGAUCCCCUUGCCGCCCUGGGCCCUCAUCGCCAUCGCAGUGGUGGCUGGGCUCCUCAUCCUCACCUGCUGCUUCUGCAUCUGCAAGAAGUGCUGCUGCAAGAAGAAGAAGAACAAGAAGGAGAAGGGUAAAGGCAUGAAGAACGCCAUGAACAUGAAGGACAUGAAGUCAGGCAACCAGGAACAUCAGGACGACGAUGAUGCCGAGACAGGUCUGACAGAGGGGGAAGGGGAGGAGGAGGAGAAGGAGCCAGAGAACCUGGGCAAGUUGCAGUUCUCACUGGACUACGAUUUCCAGGCGAACCAGCUGACAGUGGGGAUCCUCCAAGCCGCUGAGCUGCCGGCGCUGGACAUGGGAGGCACCUCAGACCCGUAUGUCAAGGUGUUCCUGCUCCCUGACAAGAAGAAAAAGUAUGAGACCAAAGUGCAGAAGAAGACUCUUAACCCAGCCUUCAACGAGACCUUCACCUUCAAGGUCCCCUACCAGGAGCUGGGUGGGAAGACGCUGGUGAUGGCCAUCUACGACUUCGACCGCUUCUCCAAGCACGACAUCAUCGGGGAGGUGAAGGUGCCCAUGAACACUGUGGACCUGGGCCAGCCCAUCGAGGAGUGGAGGGACUUGCAGAGUGGUGAGAAGGAGGAGCCAGAGAAGCUUGGAGACAUCUGCAUCUCCCUCCGGUACGUGCCCACAGCUGGGAAACUCACUGUCUGCAUCCUGGAGGCCAAGAACCUGAAGAAGAUGGAUGUUGGGGGUCUCUCAGAUCCCUAUGUGAAGAUACACCUGCUGCAGAAUGGCAAGAGGUUGAAGAAGAAGAAGACCACAGUCAAGAAGAAGACCCUGAACCCCUACUUCAAUGAGUCCUUCAGCUUUGAGAUCCCCUUUGAGCAAAUACAGAAAGUGCAAGUGGUCAUCACGGUGCUGGACUACGACAAGCUGGGGAAGAACGAAGCCAUUGGCAAGAUCUUCACGGGCUGCAACUCCACCGGCACGGAGCUGCGGCACUGGUCUGACAUGUUGGCCAACCCCCGGCGGCCCAUCGCCCAGUGGCACUCGCUGAAGCCAGAGGAAGAAGUAGAUGCAGCUCUUGGGAAGAACAAAUAGGAGGCUGUGGCACCACGGACAGUCCAAGUGCCCCGGAGCUACCGAUACCUCAGUUCUGCAACCUUUGGUUUUCCUUUCUUUUGGUCUGGUUGAAGCCGAAAACACCCUUUGAUGGCUGUGCAAAGGGUUUCCAGACUGUCCCAAUAGCUUCCAGGGCAAGAGGUUAAAGACAA